AUGGCAACAACACGCUCCGUCUAUCUCGCCCUCUCCCGCCAGUCCAAGGCCCAGCACGCUCAUUUCGGCAUCUUCAUCCCAAACGUCGACUGCGAAAGAACCACCAUCAGCCAAGACUACCGUUCGAUGUCCUGCACAGGAACUGUCAUCCACGUGGUGGGAGAGCCAUUAAUGGCAGGCUAUGCUCUCGAGUUCAAACGGAACUUUGAGUGCAGCACGGAGCCGGACCUGGAGAAAGCUGGUCCUACUUGGGUCUGUCAACACGUCCAAUAUAUAUGA